AUGGCCCCAGCGGCCCAGACUCCCCCAGCCCAGGAGCUCCACCGUGUGCAUUUGUAUGAGUCCAGAGUCCAGGUGGCCGCGAAGACGAAUGAUCGUGUGGGCGAUUCGGUACCCACUGGCAGGCAUCGGCUGAAGCCUGGGGAUGCUGCCACUCUGCCUCACACCCACGUCCAUCCCAGGUCUCUCACCUGUGUCUCCACAGAAUCCUUUGCUUCCACAGGUGUGGUGGACCUCAGCUUUGAGGCCGAGAGUCCUCUGGCGCCCCCAGCUGAACUCCUGGAGAGGCUGCCCAGCUGUGACUGGCUUCUUCAAGGGGACGGACAGCAGAUAUUCUUCCCACCUUCAGAGGCCCCGGGGAGACCCCAGGAACCAAGGUGCUGGUCCUCGUUCCUGGAGCACAGCAGAGUCCCCGUGGUGACGGAGGAGGUGGCGCGUGAAGCCCUUCUCAGCUUCGUCAACUCCAAAUGCUGCUACGGCAGCGCGGCCGCCGGCGACCUCAUCAUCCAGGAGCUGAAGCCGCAGACCCUCUGCCGGUACCGGCUGGAGACCUUCAGCGAGUCCAGGAUAAGCGAAUGGACGUUCCAACCCUUCACGAGUCACUCAGUAGAUGGGCCACAUAGAGGCGCCUCCCCCCGGCUUUGGGACAUCAAGGUCCAGGUCCCCCCGAUGUUUCAGGAAGACACCAGGAAGUUCCAGGUCCCUCACUCGUCGCUGGUCAAGCAAUGCCACAAAUGCCAUGGGCGUGGGUGCUACAAGUGCAGCGGCUGCCAUGGGGCCGGCUUGGCAAGGUGCCCCUCCUGCAGCGGUGCCAAGCGCAGGGCCAGGCAGCCCCGGAGGUGCCAGCUGUGCUCAGGCUCCGGCAGGCGCAGGUGCAGCACGUGCUCAGGGCGGGGGAGCAAGACCUGUGCCACCUGCAAGGGGGAGAAGAAACUGCUGCACUUCAUCCAGCUGGUCAUCGUGUGGAAGAACAGCCUGUUUGAGUUUGUGACUGAGCACCAGCUGGACUGCCCUGCGGAGCUCCUUGCCAAAGCCAAAGGGGAAAACCUUUUUAAGGAUGAGAACACGAUGGUGUACCCCAUUGUGGACUUCCCCCUGCGGGAGAUCUCGCUGGCCUCCCAGCGGGGCAUUGCCGAGCACAGCGCAGCCCUGGGCUCCCGGGCCCGUGUCCUGCAGCAGCGCCAGACCAUUGAGCUGAUCCCCCUCACAGAAGUUCAUUACUGGUAUCAAGGAAAGACUUCUGUCUACUACGUGUAUGGCACCGACCACAAGGUGUAUGUGGUGGACUACCCCGAGCGGUACUGCUGUGGCUGCACCAUCAUCUGACAUGGCACAGCUGUCUCCCGGGGCUGUCACUCAUGUGCGCCAAGGAGGACAACCAAGGUCUCUGAAUUCACUAGUUGUUGACUGCAAUGGACAGUCACAUACUAACCCUGGUAUGUCCUUCCAGAGAACUCAGCUUAUUGUCUGUCAAGCCACAAGUCUUUCCGGAGCCCCUCGGUGGAAUCGUCAUGCGUUUAACCCGAGAAUUCAUCUACGCACGUUCCUUUAGGACAAAUAAUUUAAAUGGCGGGGUUUGCCCCGGUCUCCAAGCUCGUGUCCCAGUGAGUGUGUGGUUUGAUUUUGCUUUUCCCGGGUCAGCCUUGGCACUGGUGUGCCUCUUCUGGUGGGAGUCUUUGGCCAGGCUGAGCAUUAUGGAAAUGUUUAAAGAUACACACAAAUUGGCUGCCCCUUCGUGCACACCAAAUAUUGCCCUUAGGCAUAGCAUACCAAAUUCCGCCACCCCCCCCCCCCCCGCCCCGGCCCCCCGCGUUCUGUGCGUCAGGACUUCAGACACAGCCACGGGGGGAUGGCUUCUCUUGGCUCCAUGAUGUCUGGGGCCUCACCUGGGAGAUUGGAAGGCUGGGGUGGCUCAAGGGCAGGGGCUGGAAUCAUCUGAAGGCUGGUUCCCCCUGAGAUCUGGCGGUUGACGGUGGUGGUUGGCUGGGACCCCCCCGGGGCCAUCCGCUGGAACACCAACACGUGGCUUCCCCAUGCAGCGUGGGCUUCCUCACAACGUGGCAAAGGGUGAGCACCCCUCAGCCACAGCCCAAUUGAAGAAACAGAGAUAUACUCCCUAAAUGGAGAACAAACGUGCUGUGUUGGGUCGACUGAGGGUCUGUGCCGAUCUCUGACGUGGCGCCUUUGCAGGGGUACAUUUCAGAGAGUGAUUUUGGACGUGCAGGUCCUCACAUCACGUGCUGGCCUUAGAACCUGCCCACAGAGUGGGAUGUGACCUGGGUGUCCUACGCACCCAGUCAUGUGCCGGAGCUCCCACCUGGUGCAGCCAGCCUGGGCGGGUGGAGGGGACACCUUGCAGACUGAAUACCCAGGUGGCUUCAGAGGGCUGGUGCAGGGCCAGGCGGGCCUCUGUGAACCUGGCUGUGGGUAACCAGAGGCCUUUGUUGUCUUAUGACACCUGUCCCCACCGAUAAGGGGAUAGGCACACCCCGAGAGGGCCAGUCUGUACCCUCCUGAUCCCCAAGCUCCUGCUGGCCUGCAGCCCUUGUCCCCCAUGGGGUGAGAGGGUGUGGACAUAAUAGGCCUGGCUGGGGGGACUCGGGGAGUCUGAGGCCAUCCCCCAGGGCAUCCUUGACAAAUGAUAUGCAAAUGAGCACUUGCAGCCUCACCUGCUGCUACUCCAACCCCAGGGUUCCCCGUAUUCUCUUCGGGUGUUGCUGUUUCCCCGAGUUUGGCUGAGCUGCACACUGCUGGGCCUAGUUGACAGGAGCAGCGGGGUUCAGAGGGGUGUCUGGCGCCCUCGGGACUGCAUGGAAGACAAGGGGGACCCGACUGAGAAGCAAAGGGAAGUGACCUGGGAGGCCCUGAGACACCUGAGCCCAGCAAAGCUUCCAGGCUCAGAUUUCACCUCCUGCUCCUGCUGCUCCCAGCCAAUGCCAAGGGCUCUGCAUGUGGGGGAGCCUGAGGGCAGGACGAUGUGCAUCCUUUGGUGGGGUGCACUCUGGUCCCUGGGGACAGAGCCUGUUGGUGGCAGAGAAAAGAGAGAGGGUUCCCCAAGACUUCCCACCUGCGCUUCCUCCUGAAGCUCUGUCGUGCUCAAGUCUGGGAGGCCAAUGCCUCUGGCCUUCCAUGUCACAGGGGAUGCUUCUGCCUCUAGGGGGCGUUGUGCAAAUGGAAGGCACGGUUUUUGGCUGUUGCAAUGAUUGGAAGCAACACUAUUGGCAUUUGGUGGCUGGAGGCCAGGAAUGCUGAUGUCCAGCAAUGCUUGGGCGCGUCCGACAAUGGAGCGGCCUCCACGGCUCACACGACUGCUGGUGGCCCUGAUGUUCACGUAGAGCUCAGGUCUACAAAGUCGCACCCGCUAGUCCGUCCUGCGGUGCUCAUUUGUUCCUUAGCAUUCACUCUGUUCCUCGCCUUUCCUUCACGUCUCCUUUGAAAUGGCUUCUGAUCCUCUCACUUCUCUGAAGUGCAAGCUUGUAACUCUGACGACUUCAUUCUGCCUCCCAGCGCGGUCACGCCUGAGCAGUCGCAAAUUGAAAUACACAAAUUAAGAAAACGACUUUCUUCUCAUUUCUCCUUUGUAUUUCAGUUUGAGCAUUAAAUUGCUUUUAAAAAAAAUAAUGGUAUGUAAGUGGGCUAUAAAUGAAUUUCAUUUUAGGAUAAAAAAGGAGAAUUGAGUGUGUUUAGGUUGAAGCCCACUGGCCCACACGCACUGUUGGCUUUGAACCCAAUGAGAAAAUCCAGCUGGAAUGAAGUGGGUCCAAAGGGACACUGUUCCACUGGGGCACCAGUGAGCCACUAGCCCCAGGACCCCUUAGUUCUGAUGGUUCUGGCAAAAUCCCACAUGAAUCCGGGAUCCUCCAGCCGUCUGAUAACUGGCGCGUGUUCCCCUGCAGUGUUAUCUGUGCUUAUGAGCUUCGCGGCAGCCAGGAUAUGACUUAACUUGCUAUUUUUUGCCCCUCUCUGUUACCCUGGGGCUGAGCUGGCUGUUACUCUGGAGCCCGAGACCCAGUUGAAGUCACUUGGGGGUAGAAAGCAGCAAGCAACGACAGCCCUAACUCAAAACUGGGCACCACGGUCGUGGCUCUGGGCCUGAUUCAUUUUGAAUUAGAAGAACAUCAGACCCAAGUUUUUCUUGGUUUUUCUUUAUUGCUCCGCCGAAGGAGGACACCAGCCCUGUCUUUCACCAGUCACUGACAGUCCCUGGUCUCUGCCAGGUGGCCAGAGCCAUGCUGGGCUUAGCGGGGGUUUCACGGAGGUCUGAAGUCUCUGCUCCAAGACUAUAGGAUAGCAGGAGAGUCUGUAUAUAAGCAGAGGAAAAUGAAAGAAUCAACGUGAGAGGGAGCUUGAUAAGAUGAGGAUGCGUAAGACCUAAAUUGGUGGUGGUGGUUACAAGUGACAGCAACUCAAAUUGUCUUAAGCAGCAAAGGUCAUUGAUUAGCUCUUAUACCUUAACAAAGUUUACCAGCUUCAGGGAUAGCUGGAUCCAGGCAUUCAAAGGAUUUUAUCCCAACAUAGUCUCCCUGGUCCUCCUGCCCUCUGCCUUUCCUAUCUGCUUUGCUGUCUUUUGAUGUUGCUCUCAGCCGGGCUUUCCCCGCCUUUGGCAGUAAGACAGCUACCAGCAGUUCCAGAAUUUCAUCCUAUGAGCUCAGUGAUCCCAGAGAAGAGGGUGCUAUAAGGUAAUUUGCCAAUGAGCUCCCACAAUGGUCCCGGGGAAGGCUCUCAGUGGCUUGUCCCAGGUCACAUGCCCAUUCUUGAACCAAUCUCUGAGCGGGGAAUGCAGUGACUGAAUUGGUCAGCCUAGGUCACAUGACGUCCCCCCUGCCCCACCCAAGGUAGAGUCAGCCUCAGUGAAAUCAGAAGGAGGACAGGGUGCUGGCUACCUGUCCACUAAGGGGCAGGCAGAAAGUGCUAGAUUUAUCCAUGAUGGCAUUCUGGAGUUUCCUGUGUACUUUGACAUCUUAUACCAAAGAGGCGAGACUUCGACUGGGUCCUUGCCCUGCCUGAGUCCUGCGUUUCCCUUCCCCGUAUUUGCUGGGGUUGCAGAGCUGCUGUGCCUCUGCAAUUUGACUAUCAAAAAUGGGAAUAUGGACUGGGGCUGGCCCCAUGGCUGAGUGGUUAAGUUCGCGCGCUCUGCUGCAGGCGGCCCUGUGUUUCAUUGGUUCGAAUCCUGGGCGCGGACAUGGCACUGCUCAUCAAACCACG